AUGGAAGACUAUUCUUCUUCUUCUUCUUCUUCUUCUUCUUCUUCUUCUUCUUCUUCUUCUUCUUCUUCUUCUUCUUCUUCUUCUUCUUCUUCUUCUUCUUCUUCUUCUUCUUCUUCUUCUUCUUCUUCUUCUUCUUCUUCUUCUUCUUCUUCUUCUUCUUCUUCUUCUUCUUCUUCUUCUUCUUCUUCUUCUUCUUCUUCUUCUUCUUCUUCUUCUUCUUCUUCUUCUUCUUCUUCUUCUUCUUCUUGUCUCUCGUCUUCUGCAAAGAGAAGGAAGUUGAGCAGUCGAGGCACAGAAGGCGACACCCUGCUUGUACCAGACAGAGCCUUUGUCGCUGUUGCCAUUCCUGGCCGAGUCUCGCAAAAGCGGACGGCGCUCGAGUUGCUUGGGGGCCAGGAUGUGGUAUCCGCGUAUCUCGCGUCUUCCUCGGAAGAGAGACUUUUCCUCGGGACUUCUCUUCACGACCAGACGUUCUCUCAGUUUCUCGUCUCCACUCCCUCGCGCUUUUCAGGCCUCGCGGUCCGAGUCGAGAGAAGAAGAAGCGGCAGAGUCACGGUGGCUGUGCUCGGUCAUGUCACUCACCUGCAUACGUUUGACGGUUUAGCGGAUUUCCACUUCUGUCCGCCUUCUCGGGCGCGAGAGCCUGUCGAUUUUCGUCAACUUCUGCUGUCCCAGGUGGACGCCUCUUCGACGUCCCCUCUCUUCAUUCCGCCUCCGCUGUUCUGCCGAUUCUCUCAACCUGCGAACUUCCGACUCGACCAGCUGUCUGUUCCGCCGCCUUCGAGCUCCAAAGGCGACGCCGCUGCCGCGGUCGCUCGCGCCCUAGGUGUCUCCACUGUCCCCUGGGCCAAGGCGCCACAGAACCGAGACGCGCGAACCGCGGCAAUCCCCGCAGAACUCGCUUCUACGACCUCUUCUCUCUGUUAUUCCUCUUCCGGUUCUGCCUCUGCCUGCGAUGCCUCUUUGUUUUCAGCUUCAAAGACAGCUGGCGACCGAGAGGCCGAGGAGGCGGACGGGGAGACCCUGGCGGCCGGCCGGAAAGACAAUGUGAAUCGCGUCUCCGUUCGCCUCGAGCCGGGUACAGGAGCCUCGGAGACAGACGGAGACGCACCGGUGAGUGGAGACGGCAGCCGAGACGAACAGAAGGCACCGCAAGAGGAGACCGGGGACGCCGAGAGACUGAGAGCGAGGGCGAGAAGCGAAGAAGAGAAGAAAGUUGGAGAGGAAUUCAACGCGGUUGCCAGAUUUGGAGACGCCGAAUUCCCUUCGCUGCCGCCGCCUGCAGCCAUGAAGGCCUCAGCCGACGAGCGCUUGCUCUCACGGCUCCGGCACCUGCUGGCGGAGCAGCCCCUCUGGCUGCGCAGUUCGCUCGACUUGCACCUCCCAGCGGAGUUCACUGCCUGGAGGAAAAAGCCGGCGUACGCGAAGACUUGCUUCCUCUUUGCAGAUGGACCGUGGAGGGGGUGCCUCUGCCGCCUGGGAUACGAUCCUCGUCUACAUCCUGAAAGCAGAUUCUCCCAGACCCUCGACUUCCGGGAUGCGUUCUUCCGUAACGUGAACUGGCGCAGGCUGCGAAACCGGAAGCGUCCGGGGACUCUUCCGUCGCUCUUUCCGGCGCCGUCGUCGACGCAGGACUUGAUGACAGAGGAGGAAGGGGGUUCUUCCGCGCCUGUCCCAAUGCCAAGGAACGCCUCCUACCUCGAGCAACACUUCCUGAUUGCCCCCACUCGACCGUCGCUGCUGUACCAGCUGAGAGAAAUUCAAGACGAAGGCGUUCAGAAACUCCUCAGAGAGGCGCCGGCCCUCGCGGCGCCGUGCAAAGAAACGGGCUGGUUCUCUGCUGCGACGAUGAAGACCCUCCGCGAGCUUCUGGCGAUGAAGAGUCAACGUAUGCGAGAGAAAGGCGAUGUGCAUGCGACGUCGUAG